UGCUGCUAUAAAUGAAUCCACGGCGUCAUCAGGCUCAGAUGAUUCGCGGCACCAGCGAACGCACCCGGCCGUCAACACACUGCAACACACAACCUCCCUCACACAUACUCGCACAAGCAAGUAUGCGUAAUGCGUCCUGAGAGCCACGGCACAAACUCCGCAACUCCGAUGGAGCGCACGAGAACGCACCAGAGCAACAGUGUGAGGGACUGACUGCGCGCAGCUCUUCUCUCCACUUGCGGGGCUCCCUGCUCUUCUGGGAAAGUUGCGCUCCGGCAGCGGACGAAUUAUGGAUUUUGUGACAAGCGGCAACGACAGCAACGCGACCAGCGGUGUCUCUGAUGGCACGGACGUGGUUGUAGAGUGGGCUGGGGGUGAGAAUGGCACAUCGUCUGGGUCUGUGCCAGACCUGGGGCUGUGUUAUCAGAUUAUCACCUCUUUGCUCCUGGGGGCCCUCAUACUGUGCUCCAUAUUUGGAAAUGCGUGCGUCGUGGCGGCCAUCGCCUUGGAGAGAUCUCUCCAGAAUGUAGCCAACUAUCUGAUCGGGUCCCUGGCUGUGACGGACCUCAUGGUGUCGAUUCUGGUUCUGCCGAUGGCGGCCCUCUACCAGGUUCUGAACAAGUGGACACUGGGGCAGGAGAUCUGCGACCUGUUCAUCUCUUUGGAUGUACUGUGUUGCACAUCAUCCAUCCUGCAUCUGUGCGCAAUUGCCUUGGACAGGUACUGGGCCAUAACAGACCCAAUUGACUACGUAAAUAAACGGACGCCAAGGCGAGCUGCGCUCUUGAUUAGCGUGACUUGGUUAAUCGGUUUCUCCAUCUCUAUCCCACCUAUGUUAGGCUGGAGAAGCGCAGAAGACAGAGCGAACCCCGACGCAUGCAUGAUCAGCCAGGACCCGGGUUACACCAUCUACUCCACAUUUGGGGCUUUUUACAUCCCUCUUGUCCUCAUGUUGGUUCUGUACGGGCGGAUAUUCAGGGCUGCUCGCUUUCGGAUUCGAAAGACGGUCAAAAAAACUGAGAAAAUAAAGGUGUCGCACAGCUGCUUUACUUUCUCUCCAGCGGUUUUCCGCAAGAAAACCGGCGGAGAGUCCGGUUGGACGCGAAGAGAGGAGCCUAAAGCCAACUCUCCGUGCGUAAACGGCGCGCUGAAGCAUGUAGAGGAAGGGGAAUCACUGGAGAUCAUAGAAAUUACCAGCAAUUCAAAAACCCACCUGCCUCUGCCCAACACCCCUCAGUCCUCCUCUCAGGGCUACGAAACCAUAAACGAAAGGAAGUCUGGAGCCAAGAAGAAAAUCGCGCUGGCCAGGGAGCGCAAAACGGUCAAAACAUUGGGGAUCAUCAUGGGAACUUUCAUCUUCUGCUGGCUGCCCUUUUUCAUCGUGGCACUAGUGCUGCCUUUCUGCGCAGAGAGCUGCUACAUGCCCGAGUGGCUGGGCGCAGUCAUAAACUGGCUGGGCUACUCCAACUCUCUCCUUAACCCCAUCAUAUACGCUUACUUCAACAAAGACUUCCAAAAUGCUUUCAAGAAGAUUUUAAAAUGCAAAUUCCACAGAGCUUAACAACAUGCGCCCAGGCAUUAUACGUUUGUGCCACUCUGAGGGAGAAUAAGAGCGCACCAGAACUGCAUAAACGGGUGGGCAAAAAGACUUUAAUUCAGAGAGGACCUGUGAAAGCAACUUUUACUCUUAAUGUACGAGCUCAUGUUUAAUCAGUGUUGUAGCUACAUAUAUAACCCACAGUUAUGCGUCGGCAGCCAUCGUUUUAUUGCCAUGCAAGACGUGCCUGUGCCAAUCCCAUGCAUUUUAUCAUCUGAAGACACGCGGGUUUUACGCGCGUCAUGAGCUAUGUAGCACUGAAACAAUAAAAACGAUCAACGUUC